AUGAUCAACAUCAUUUCAAAUGAUAGUAUCAAAGUAAAACGUACAUCUGAUACAAAAGCAUCAAAGUCGCAACAGGCCGAAUUGUCUGCUUCUUCUACCUCGGCGUGUCUUGUUUUACCCGUGAGUCUACCUCCAUCUGUUGUUGUAACUUCUCCGUCUUCAGUCAUGUUGCACACAAAACCCUCCAUGAAUACGUCGCAUCAGAAUCCACAAGUAACAACAGCGUUGUGGAAGAAUCAGCCUAUUCAGCAGCAGUCUCAUCUCUUACAGCCGCCUAAAAAAAGGCGAUCACGACGGGAAAAGAACAAGCGUCAAUCUCGAAAGAUACAGGCUAUAGAACAACAGGUUGCUUCCAAUACCGAGACCCAACAGCAAUCUGCUUCAUUGAAAAUGUCAACUAAAAAGGCGAAUUUAAGAAUGGAAAGAAUGCCUGUUAUGCUGUUGGAUACUGGGAAACCUAUGCCGCCUAUGCAUGUUAUCUCGGUAGAGGAUAGUCUUAUUCGUAAGGUGUCGAUAAGAUUGGCAUCAGUGGAGAGCUUAAAGCCUGUCCAAGCAUCCACUUUUUUCAAAAGUGCUUAUUGUUGUGUGGAUACCAAUGUACGUCAUGAUCAGACUGGAUCAGUCACACCACUGAAUACUAGUACAAGUGUUCCAGAAAAGAAUACCUUGGCUUCCAAUGCUUUAUCAACUAUGGAUUCAUCAGAGCCAUCUACUCCACCAGUUGUAUCGGACACUCAAAAGGUUGACUCAACAUCUGUUGUUCCUAAACGCAAAUGGGAACUCAAAAUGGGUCGUCCAAUUGUGUCUUCCAAUGCUGAUGGGUUUAGCUGGGCUGCUGUUCAGGUUAAACAGGUUUGUCACCAAGAUUCAACAUCACAAAGCAUUCGACAUACCAGUCAACAGAAUCAAGCUGCUUUACAUCGUCCCUUGCCACCCCUUCCCAUAAACUUGACAGAUAAUUUAAAUUCGACCGAACCCAUUACACAGACCUCUGACAUGGUGACCAGCACCACUACGAAGCUGACAGAAUCGCGUAAUAGAGCUAGUUUGGAAGGGUUUUAUGAGGAUGUGAUGAAAGGUGAAAUGUCUUUUCGUUCUAUUGCUUACAAAUGGAUCAACAGCAGCCAAAACAGUCUUGUGGAUUCUUCUGCAACUACGGAAACAACGUCCACUCAAGUUCUCAUAGACCACGCAGCGAAUACUAAAACCCGUACGAGUAUAAGCAGCGAUUGUGGAAAAUGGAGCUUUCAGCGAUCUGAUGAAGUUGACGAAGAUCAGGUAGAUAGGCUAUCACAGUUUAGUUUCGAACAGAGCGUGACAUGUUGAUCAUCCAAGCUAUUUUUACCACCAAUCUACUAUACACGCUCUGAUUUUUCAAAACCGAGCUUAAUAGUUUGAUUUCUAUUGUAUAUAUUCGUAAUUGCUUUUUUAAGUUAUUGGAAUAUCUUGGAUAUUUUUUAGAUUUUUUCAUACUUUUAUUUUAUAUCAAGUCGGGUUUUUAGUUUCAAUCUUUGAAUGACGACUCACGGCCGUAUUCACAAAAUGGAACACUUUUGUAUUUAUUUUGCAACGACUAUCCUUUUUGCUUCAUAAUAAACAAUAGUUAAAUAUUCA